AAUACUUGAAGUUCCGGCUGACUGGCGCCGCGUCCUCAUGAAGAUGUCCCAAAAUACUCCCGAUAAAGACGACCAAACGUCGAGCACCAAAAAGACAAUCUCCCUGCCGAUCUCCAGGGUGAGGCUGAUCAUGAAGAGCUCCCCGGACGUGUCCAGCAUCAACCAGGAUGCUCUGUUUCUCACCACCAAGGCGACAGAGCUGUUCGUCCAGCAUCUGGCUCUGUCCUCGUUCAACAACGGCUCCGGGAAAGAAACCAACAGUCUGUCGUACAGCGACCUAGCUAACACCGCGGAGGAGACCGAGACCUUCCACUUUCUCACAGACAUCCUGCCGAAGAAGAUCUUGGCUCGGGACUAUCUCAAGACUUUGGAGCAAAUGCAAGAGGAGGAAGGUGAUUUUUAAAAAAAGAAGGAAAGCUGGAUGAAUUUCCCGUCUGGACAGAUGUUAUCACACGUCCUUGCCUGUCAUUGAGAGUAAAGUGGCUGGCACGAGAGACGCUUUGAACUUUCUCAGUGCUUUUAAACACUGACUGAGUUCAUCUGUAGGGCUUUUGGGAGGAGUUAGAGGACACGGAGCUGAACGUAAACCCAUACGGGAUCGAUGUGAAAUCAAGUGAAGACUGAAAGAUCAACUUUAAACAACACUGAGAGUCUUAGAGAAAUGUAGACAUUGUACCAUAAAUCUAUGAUAUAUAGUUGAUGUUGACAAACUAAAUUUAUGACAAUGGCCUAAACAAAGCAGCCAUGAGCAAAUCAGAAUUCCCCUGAGGUUUUCUGCAUAAUUGAUUCCCUCUACAAAGGCAUAUAUUUGAAACUACUAUCAUCGUUAUUAGGUGAUACAAACAUUUUAGGAGUUCACAAUGAGUUUACAUAUAGCUAGACUGAAGGUUUUCUGGUAGCAAAGUCUUAAACUUUACGCUCGUUUUGCAUGCACCGCCAUCAGGAGAAGAGAAAUGAGCUCCCUCCAUGUGAAAGACCGAGGCAUGGAAAUCCAUUCCACGCAGCUGCAGCGCAGAUGUCUCAGCUCCUGAGUUACUAUCGCCUUUAAAAUACGACUGAGUGAACUCUUUAUUUUGGGGACGUUGUCAAGCAUUAUUUUCUGAGCAACUUAUGCUGUUACUGAUAAUAGGUAUGAUAGUGUAGGUUUAUUUUUGUUGUUUUUAAGCGAUGCGGUCGUGUUUUGAGCUCUGAGUAGGUAAAUACUUGAAAUUUGUUGGAACUAAUCAAAAAAAUACCUCUGUUUUACCAGCGUAACUACAACAUAACUGCUGUCUUUCCAAAUGAAACAUUCACACUCAGCCGAAUAGAUGUGAAUAUUUAACGUGUAUGCAGCAUAGAAGGCAUCCUACGUGUGGUUUUGAUUUGAUAUGAAAAUAAAGAUUCGUGCUGUGUGACAUUUA